GGAGAAUUGGAUAGCGAGUGGAAAGUCUGACCCGCUCACAGUCUCGUUGAUCCAGCUACGGGUAGUACGUACCGUGACGUGACAAUGGCGGUAGUCGUGAUUGCGAAACGGUACGUUAUUGUGAUCAGCUGAUCAACUGGGCUCGAAGGAAAGGGUUAAAUCGAAAAAAAGAAUACGUGAAAAAUCAUAAGAUAAAGGUUAAGGAGAGAGAAACGACAUAUUAGAGAGUUGUUCGAGAUAAUUAAGAAAGAAAAAAAAAAAAGAUGAUAAUUGCGUUUUCGGUGAUGUCAUUGUAUUUGUGAUUCGCUCUGUCUGUAGGGCACCGGUGCUCUUUUGUGUUGUGUAUUGUAUAUAGUGGUCUGCAUUUUUGCGGGUGUGUUGUGUGCACGUAUGCGUGGAAUUCGCGAAAAGCGUUAGAUAAAUGUGUCUUAACCAUGCCUGCUGUGCGGAAGUAUAGAAGGGAUACCAGUGAAGUGAGCUGCUGUCUCAAGUAUGUGAUCUUUGGAUUUAACGUUAUGUUUUGGUGGUUGGGUUUGGGUAUUAUGGCUGUAGGUGUAUGGGCAUGGACCGAAAAAGACACAUUCAACAAUUUGUCUAGGCUCACGAAUGUAGCACUCGAUCCAGCAUUUAUCCUCAUUCUAGUCGGCACAGUAACAUUUAUAAUUGGAUUUACGGGAUGUGUCGGUGCACUCAGGGAAAAUACGUGCCUCCUAGCUACGUAUGCGAUAUUUCUGGCGUUACUAUUGUUAAUGGAGAUGGCAGCUGGUGUAUUAGGCUUUAUCUUUAAAGACUGGAUAAAGUCACAAGCGACUGGUGGGUUCCAAGCUUUUAUCAUUCAUUAUAGAGAAGAUCCUGAUCAACAGAAUCUCAUCGAUUGGAUUCAAGAAGAUUGGUUACAGUGUUGCGGCAUCGAGGGCCCUAAAGACUGGGAUCGCAACAAUUACUUCAAUUGUUCAUCGAGCGACAUCGGCUCGAGAGAAGCGUGCGGCGUGCCUUUUAGCUGUUGUAAACGAAAACCAAAUGAGAUUAUCAAAAAUAAACAAUGCGGCUACGAUGUUAGGAAACCUAGCUACACUGGGGAGAGGAGUAUAUACGAGAGAGGCUGUCUAAGAGCAGGCGAGGAAUGGCUAGAAUUGAAUCUCGUACCUGUCGCUGGUACCGUUGUCAGCACUAUGGUUUUACAGAACUUUGAAGUUGCCAAAGUGAUUUAUGAAAAAGGUUGUAUUCAAGCUGGGGAGGAAUGGGUCGAACGAAAUCUUCUUGCGAUUGUAACUGGGGCGGUUGCCACGGCCUUUGCGCAGAUUUUGGGGAUCUGUUUCGCUCAAAAUCUUCGAGCAGACAUAUUCGCUCAGAAGGCAAAGUGGCAUUGACAAUUCAGAGCCCCCACGGCAGUCUAGCAUCUUAUCCUAAUAGAUGCUAAUCAAUUGCGUUGAUCGAUUUGGGAAUUAAUCGUCCGAGUUCUCGAUAAAUAGGAGAGCUUUGACGUGAGAGAAUCGACACCAUUCCACGCGACACCAGAAGAAGAUCACGAAGAACGAAGUCUGAACGAAGUCGACAAGCAAACGUCUUCUUUCAUCCCUUAAUUUAAAAGAGAAAAAAUAUUUUCCGCACUUUCAUCUUCGUCGUUUCGCAUAAAUUACUCGGAAAUAAAUAUAUUUCGAAAUUUGAUCGAACACUUGGUGAUCCGUUUUCAUUUUGUAAAUUAGGUAUAUAAGCGUAAUGCGAAUUAUGUUUAAGCGAGUAUAUAUCGGUUUUAUUGAUAAUUACGAUGAAUUAUCGUUAUUAUGUUGUCGAGAGACAAUGUGUAUCGAACUGGCACAGCUGUUUCGUUUAUUUUAUGACGACGACACGAUAUAAUACUUGUUGCAUAUUCCGUAUUUUUGGUGACGAGAGAAAAUGAUUUCGUUGUCGCAAUGAAAACGAUAACUUGUGAUAAGAAUAAUUUCAUCGUUUUUCUAUGAUUAAGUAUAUGAAAUGAUAAAAAUAAAGCUCUGUGUUCAGGUAUAAAGAUAAUUUUAUAACACAAUGUUAUAAAAUUGUGAUUUUGUGAUCAUAUCGUUAAAUCAUUUAUCAGAUAUUAUAAUAGCAAUUGAAAAGGAGAAAAUUAAGAGAAAAUUACUUCGAAGAAAUUGAUUUUAAAAUAAUAUAAUCUUCGAUAGUUAUAAUUUAAGACAGUAAGCAUAUCUUACGACGAAGAAAAUUAAUUAAUUAAUUAAUUAAUUUCAUUCGAAAAAAAGAAAGACACGUGUACAAAAAUAAUUAUAACGUGAAUGUAUUUAUACAUAUAUUCGUGUGGCACCUAUGGAUAAUUUUAAGGGGACAAAAUAUACACGAAAAUCGAUAUACAAAAAUUUCGAUUGAGACUUGUUCAAAAUUUUGAGUAUCAUAUAUGAGAAUACUUGAAAUUUAAAAAACCAAAUUGUCGAAUACUCACUCGAUUGUUCGUAAAUUUUUCCAAUUUACGUUCAAAUUUGACAAAAUUUAUUUCAAAAUACA